AUGUCCGCAACCCAAAAAGUCAAGCGCUACUACAAUCCUGAGCUCCGAGGUCUCGUCCGCAAACUUCAAGAAGCACAAGAAACGCAUGGCCAAAUCGUCAAAGAGGUAUCUGGCCGCUUCUUCAAGAAGUUUGAUGAAGACUAUGUGACGUGGCUGGCGGCAGUACGAAUUGUGGCACAAUUGAACUGUUUGAUAUGUCUGGCUAAAGCAUCUUCAGCAUUGGGUAAGCCGAGCUAUCGACCUGAGUUUGUUCAUGAUGAAAGGAGCGUGGUCGAUUUUGAAGACCUUCGCCAUCCGUGCAUGCUUCCCAACGUCACAGACUUCAUCCCCAAUGAUGUCAAGCUCGGUGGUGGAAUGCCCAACCUCAACCUGCUGACAGGUGCCAAUGCAGCUGGUAAAUCCACCGUGCUCAGAAUAACCUGCGUUGCCGUUAUCAUGGCCCAAAUCGGCUGCUAUGUCCCCGCCAUAUCUGCUCGCCUUACUCCCGUCGAUAGAAUCAUAUCCCGCCUUGGUGCACAGGACAAUAUCUUCGCCGCCCAAUCUACCUUCUUCGUUGAGCUUGCAGAAACCAAGAAGAUUCUUUCCGAAGCCACCCCUCGCUCUCUCGUCAUCCUCGACGAACUUGGCCGCGGCACUUCAUCCUACGACGGUGUGGCAGUGGCCCAAGCGGUUCUGCACCAUGUCGCCUCCCAUAUUGGCUGUGUUGGCUUCUUCGCUACCCACUACCAUUCUUUAGCCGCCGAAUUCGCCACUCACCCCGAAGUCCGCAACUGCCGCAUGCGUAUACACGUUGACGACGAAAACCGUCGUGUCACCUUCCUUUACAAGCUGGAAGACGGAGUCGCGGAGGGCAGCUUCGGCAUGCAUUGUGCGAGUAUAUGCGGGAUCCCCGAAAAGGUGGUCGGGGAGGCGGAGGUAGCGGCCAAGAAGUGGGAGCAUACCGCUAAGAUCAAGGAGACUCUGGACGUGGCGAGACAGGGGUGCUGGAUCCCGUUGGGGAUGCAGAGCGAUGUCGCUUGGAUGCUCAGGGAAGAGCUGGAAGAGGCUGUCGGGGCGAGAGGAGUGGAUGUGUUGAGAAGGGCUAUUGAAGGGCUGUAG